GUCUGAGUCGAUAUUUAAGUCUUUGACUCUGCUCUUAAAAAUUUAAGAGGAAAACUAAAACACAAAGACUAGCAAAAACUAUUGUUGUUGGGUUUAUGCGUUUAUGUAUAGCACCGGCGAAACGAAGGUUACGUUUCUCCGGUAGUCUGCAGUCAGUCUGAAAAUGGAGCAGCAAAAUCAAAGGCCAUCUUCUUCGAGAUCUUAUCAAUUUCACCCUGCUAAAGCAAUUAUCACUGAUCUUUUCAAUCUCUAUUUAGGGAGAACUUCGCGUCAGAAAUCUGAAGAACAACCACCGAACAAGGCACAAAGGCGUGUAACAGCGUUCAUUAGAGAGUUUCCUCCUCCUAAUGAACAAUUUGUUACGGAUUUCCAAAACGCUCUGAAGCAAUUUUCUGAUCAAGAGCAACUACGUCUAGUAACAGAAUCCGUUCUGAUAUCUUUAGUUGUUCAGUGCAGUAACCAUUCCCCAAGGGAAGAAUUUCUGUUGUUUGCCAUUAAAAGCUUGUGCAAUGUAGAUUAUAUAAAUUGGGAUACUUUAUUACCAUCUCUUCUUAGUGCGGUGUCCACUGCAGAGAUGUCACUAGGUCAAGGUAGUCAAGCUACAGCUGCUGUUACUUCAACAAAUAUAUCUCAACCGGGGAUGUUGUCAUCUACAAACACGAUAUCUGUUUCUUCUACUUUUCAGUCUAAUCCCGCAUCUCCACUGACUUCAGCCCAGGGUGUUGGAUCCCCUGUUCAGUCUGCUAAUGAACCGUCAUCUGCUUUGACUUCGUCUCCUGUUAAAUUCAAUGAUAUUCCUAGCAGCCUCCAACAGUCAUCUGUGAAGAUUGGUGAUUCUGCAAUAAGGGAUAGUGCCUUAAAUAGUCUGCGCCAGCUCUGCUGCAAAAUUAUUCUAAUCAGUCUAGAUUCUUCCUUGAAACCUGUUACAUAUGCUGAAAUCUUUAAUCACAUGCAAACUUGGCUGGUUAAUUGGGAUCAAAGACACCUAGUUGAUGAUGAUUCUGGUGCCACAAAAUCUUGGAAGCCUUACAGGGUUCACAAUGACUGGCUUCAUAGUUGUUUGGAUGUUAUUUGGUUGUUAGUCAAGGAGGACAAAUGUCGUGUACCAUUUUAUGAAUUACUGCACAGUGGAUUGCAAUUUAUUGAAAACAUACCAAAUGAUGAAUCCUUGUUUACACUUAUAUUGGAAAUCCACCGACGACGGGACAUGAUGGCUAUGCAUAUGCAGAUGUUAGACCAACACUUACACUGCCCUACUUUUGGCACCCAUAGAUUUUUACCUCUUGCAACUCCUCAUUUUGGAGGUGAAGCAAUUACAAAUUUGCGCUAUUCACCCAUCACAUAUCCAAGUGUUUUGGGCGAGCCACUGCAUGGAGAGGAUCUGGCAGUAUGUAUCCAGAAAGGUACUUUAGACUGGGAUAGAGCUUUGCGGUGUAUCAGACAUGCUCUGCGUACAACUCCAUCUCCAGAUUGGUGGAAACGCGUGCUGCUUGUAGCGCCGUGUUACAGGCCACAGUCUAAUGUAUCCACGCCUGGAGCUGUUUUCACAUGGGAUAUGAUUGGUGAGGCAGCAGUUGACAGAAUCGUUGAACUACUGAAGUUGACAAAUUCAGAGUCGAAUUGUUGGCAGGAGUGGCUUAUCUUUUCAGAUGUAUUUUUCUUUCUGAUGAAGAGCGGUUGCAUUGACUUUGUUGAUUUUGUGGACAAGCUUGUUUCGCGUCUCAUUGAGGAUGAUCAUAGUAUUCUUCGGACAAAUCAUGUCACAUGGUUACUAGCACAAAUCAUUCGCGUUGAGCUUGUUAUGAAUGCUCUAAAUAACGAUUCAAGAAAGGUUGAAACUACAAAAAAAAUCUUAUCAUUUCAUCAGGAAGAUAAGAGCGCUGAUCCUAACAGUCCCCAGAGCAUACUGCUUGACUUUAUCAGCAGUUGCCAGAACCUACGAAUCUGGUCUUUGAACACGCUGACUCGAGAUCAUUUGAAUAAUGAGCAACUUCAGAAAGGAAAGCAGAUUGAUGAGUGGUGGAGGCAAGUGAGCAAAGGUGAACGGAUGCUUGAUUACAUGACUAUGGAUGACAAAUCAAUUGGAAUGUUUUGGGUUGUAUCAUACACUAUGGCACAGCCUGCUUGUGAUAUGGUAAUGACUUGGCUUAAUUCUGCUGGUACAGAAGUACUGCAGAUACAGCCAAAUGAGAGACUAGCAAUGAUGCGGGAGACAAGUCCUCUGCCAUUAUCACUACUAUCUGGAUUUUCGAUUAAUUUGUGCAUGAAAGUUGCAUUUCAAAUGGAGGAUUCUUUAUUCUCUGGACAGGGGAUUCCUAGCAUAGCCUUGGUUGAAACCUAUACAAGGUUGCUUCUUCUUGCACCAUAUUCAUUGUUUCGAUCACAUUUCAGUCAUCUAACUCAAAGGAACCCAGGCACAUUAAGCAAGCCAAUAGCAACACUUUUGGUGCUCGAAAUUUUGAAUUAUCGAUUGCUUCCACUUUAUCGGUAUGAAGGAAAGAACAAAAGUUUAAUGUAUGAUGUCACAAAAAUUGUUGGUGCUUUGAGAGGGAAACGAGGUGAUCACCGUCUUUUUAGACUCGCUGAGAACCUUUGCAUGAAUCUAAUCCUAUCUCAGAGAGAUUUUUUUUCUGUAAAGAAGGAAGGAAAGGGUUCAACUGAAUUCACCGAAACUUUGAAACGCAUUGUUAUUGUUUCUCUGGCUAUUAUUGUUAAGACACGUGGCAUUGCUGACUCUGAGCAUGCACUUUAUCUUCCUUCAAUGGUGGAACAAAUAUUGUCAACUAGCCAACAUUCUUGGUCAGAAAAAACAUUAAGCUGUUUUCCACCUGGUCUGCGUAAUGCAUUAGUUGGUCGCGUAGAUAAGAGGGGCCUGGCCAUUCAAGCAUGGCAACAGGCAGAGAGUACUGUGAUUAAUCAAUGCACCAAGCUUCUUUCACCAUCAGCUGAUCCAACUUAUUUAGUGACGUACAUUAGUCAUAGCUUUCAAGUUCAUCGGCAAUACUUAUGUGCUGGUGCUUGGAUACUAAUGCAUGGACACCCUGAAAGUAUAAAUAGUGCAAACCUGGCCCGUGUGUUGAGAGAAUUUUCCCCUGAAGAAGUGACUGCAAAUAUUUACACCAUGGUUGAUGUUCUACUUCAACAUAUCCAUGUAGAACUUCAGCGUGGACAUCCCUUGCAGGACCUUCUUAAGAAAGCAUCUUCAAAUUUGGCAUUCUUUAUUUGGACUCAUGAGUUGCUUCCUUUGGAUAUUUUGGUCCUUGCAUUAAUUGACCGUGAUGAUGAUCCACACGCUUUACACAUUGCAAUCAGUAUGCUUGAGAGGCCAGAGCUUCAACAAAGAUUGAAAUUAUUCUUUUUGACCCGUGGGCCUCCUGAGCACUGGCUAUAUUCUGGAAUGUUCAAGCGUGUAGAUUUGCAGAAGGCAUUAGGAAAUCAUCUCUCUUGGAAGGACCGGUAUCCUGUAAUUUUUGAUGAUAUUGCUGCUCGUUUGGUUCCAGUCAUUCCUUUGGUUGUUUAUCGUCUCAUUGAAAAUGAUGCUAUGGACCAUGCUGAGAGAGUUCUGGUGAUUUAUAAACAAUUGCUAGCCUACCAUCCUUUUAGGUUUACAUUUGUCCGUGACUUGCUGGCAUAUUUUUAUGGUCAACUUCCAGGAAAGCUAAUUGUCCGGGUAUUGAAUGUGCUCGAUAUUCCCAAGAUUCCCUUUUCAGAGUCAUUUCCACAGCACAUUGCACCAUCAAAUUCAUCUACAUGCCCUCCUCCAGAUUACUUUGCUUCCCUGCUGUUGGGUCUAGUAAAUAAUGUUAUUCCUCCCCUCAGUAGCAGCUCUAAGUCGGGGUCUAUUUUAGAUGCUUCAUACCUUUCAGCUCGCUGUCCACCAAACAAAACUCCUGCUACAAAUCAAUCUGGGCAAACCAAUGUUUCUGAGGUUCAGAAAGCCUUUUAUCAGAUUCAAGAUCCUGGAACAUACACUCAGUUGGUGCUUGAAACAGCUGUGAUAGAAUUGCUCUCUCUUCCAGUUUCCGCUUCCCAAAUUGUGUCAUCACUCGUUCAGAUUCUUGUGGACAUCCAAUCUACCCUUAUUCAGUCUGGCAACGGGUUUCAUGGAACUUCAAAUGUUUCGGGGCAAACCUCUGUUUUACCUACCUCUCCUUCUGGUGGAAGCACAGAUUCUAUGAAUGCAAGCCGAUCUGUAGCACCAGCUUCUGGACUAAAUACUUCGAAUUUUGUUUCUCGUAGUGGCUAUACCUGCCAACAGCUGUCUUGCUUGCUGAUUCAAGCUUGUGGUCUUCUACUAGCUCAGCUUCCACAGGAUUUCCACAUACAACUUUAUCUUGAGGUGUCUCGUCUUGUUAAAGAGUGCUGGUGGCUCACUGAUGGGAAGAGGUCUCCUAGUGAGUUAGAUUCAGCUGUUAAUUAUGCUUUAUUGGAUCCGACAUGGGCUGCUCAAGACAAUACUUCCACAGCAAUAGGAAACAUCAUUGGUUUGCUCCACUCGUUCUUUAGCAACCUACCGCAAGAAUGGCUAGAGAAGGCCCAUGUAAUCAUUACACAACUCAGGCCAAUAACUUCAGUGGCUAUGUUGAGAAUAGUCUUCCGGAUAAUGGGUCCAUUGCUCCCAAGACUGGCAAAUGCUCAUACUCUCUUCAACAAGACUCUCUCUCUGCUACUUAAGGCAUUGGUAGAUGUCUUUGGGAUAAAUGCACAACCAUCAGUGCCUGCUCAAGCGUCAGAGAUAAUUGAUCUCAUUGACUUCCUGCACCAUGUUAUACAUUAUGAGGGGCAAGGUGGGCCUGUGCAGCCUACUAGUAAACCUAGAUCAGAUGUUUUAGUACUCUUCAGCAGGGCCUUGGAAAGUUUGCGACCAGAUGUACGGCAUCUUUUAUCUCACUUAACAACAGAUUUUAAUUCAUCCAUUUAUGCUUCUACUCAUCCGAAGCUUGUUCAGAGUCCCAUGUCCUAAGAAUUCUCUUAUGUUACGUAUUCGCUUGAGUGAAGACAGACGUUCCGUCAAUUUUGUCCAUUACCUGCAACGUCCAUUUGAAACUCAAAAGGAUAUUGCGCUGCAGCUUCCACAACAGAGAUGUUGCUAUUGCUGCUGUCUGAUCUCGUACAGAUCAAGUGAGGUUAUGGAUAGGAUGAUGCUGGCUGGAACGGUGUAGAUAUAAUAUAUCAGGUGUUUUUGAGUGUUUAUGAGCUCUGCAAGUUUAAUUUGAUGCUGAUAGCAAAUGGUUGGAAGAAAUUUAGAUGAUAUAGCCAAAUGAAAAUGUAAUAGGUCAAUUAGGUCUCCUUAAAUCAUGCGCCCCUUGUUUAUUACCUCCUUCGUUCUGAAAUAUUCGGCACCCGAUAGUGUCAUGUGAGAAAAUAUCACUAUCUGUAGCAAGUAUAAUGGAACGUAGGUCGUAUGUAAUAGCUUACUUUAGUUUAUACUAUCUAGCUAUUUGAAUGAUUGGCAUUAGAUCUUUAAUCCCACCCAUCAAUUCUUGAAUUUGUGAUCUUUACUUGCUUUCCUAAAGAUCAGGGUUGUAUACUUAGGAUUGUCAUCGGCACAUUUUUUUUCAAAAUUAUCUCUAAUCAAAGUUUAUAGAUGUUGCCGAAGCAUUUGAUGUGUAACAAA